UGAUUCUGCUCAAACUAAUAGUACAGUUGGUAUAGAAACAAGUUCUUGUAAUGUAGAAAUUAGAACAAGCAAAGAUGUAAAAAUAUGUGGACAUAUAAUUAAUACAGAUGGAUCAACUAGUAAUUUUUGGUCUUAUUUGGAAGCUCAUCAUAGUAUACUUAGAUUUGAAAAAGAAAGUAAUAAUAAUCCUAUUCAAACAAAAAUUGAUGUAAUGUUUCAAAAACAGUGGGCAAAAAAUCCUAAGCACAAGCAAGAGU